AUGCUCAGAAUGUUUGGAACUGGUCUGAAGGUGUCAAGGAGCUUCGACUAUUCCUCGGUUUCUGAGCUCACAUAUCCUUCUGAAGAAUCCUUGGUCAAAGCAACUUGUAGGGAUCCUCUGAUAACUCUUCUAAAAGCUCAUCUGCCAACUGAUCCAUUUCCUCAACAUAAAAGAGCUGACCUUCUAUUGUUGGUUUCCUCAUUGAAUGGCCUUCCUAGUAUCAAUGGAUCUGUUGGUUCCUCAUCCAUCUCAAGCACAAUGAAGUCGGUGGGGAUUUCUACAUUCCCUAUCUCAAAGGCAGGUCUUCAAGCAUUCCCAGUUGGUAACCUUAUCGAUCUAUCUGCCAAGACUAGUGAGAUUCCGCAGGCUUGUUGUUUCUUGAACCUUCCUGGAAAGGGUAGAGGGGGUUUGUAUGGUGGUGGUCCUGAUGGAGUGUCUUUCUUCUUUGCAACAGGUUUAGUUGGUUGGCUGGAGCUUGCUUUGUCUGUUUCUUCUGGCUCGAUCGAGCUCUGGUUUGUCUUGCAGUCUCGGUUUCUCCAGCUCGAUCGAGUUCUGGUUCAGGGUUUUGUUCCAGCUCGAUCGAGUUCGGUGCGGUUAUCAGCAUACUCGACUAAAUCCUCCCCUUCCUCGUCAUCGAUGUCCACAGCGAUUUGGGGUGGGCUACUCCUGCUUGGGAAUUGCGCCCACUUCUUAGUGUAA